AUGGCAGCCAAAAUUGCAAGAUACGCGCACGUCGCUUUCAUGAACUUGAUUCGUUUCCAAACCAUUCACCUUCAUCUUCAAGCUCUCAAGCAACCCGCCGGAUUCUUUUCCCCUGAAUCAUCAAUGUAUGGCAAUAGAGCGGAUAGAUUGUCGUCUUUAGGUGGAGGAAUUGCUGGUUCAAAUACAAGUAAUGGGCUCACCAGUAAACGAAACGCCAGCAGUAUCACCAAUAGCAAUACGAAUAACAACAACAGCAACAAUAACAACAGCAGCGGCAGCACUAUGAACAAUAUCAAGCAGGAGCUAACCGAGGACCAAAAACUAGAAAUCAGAGAAGCGUUUCAGCUAUUCGACAUGAACGGCGACGGCUCGUUAGACUACCACGAGACCAAGGUUGCGUUUAGAGCACUUGGAUUCGACUUGACCAAGCGUGAGGUCUUGGAUAUCAUCCGGGAGUAUGACGCCGACGACUCCAAUCUCCUAAGCUACGACAACUUCUACAAGACGGUCGGCGAAAUGAUCAUCAAGAGAGACCCGCUUGAUGAAAUCCGCCGAGCUUUCAAGUUGUUUGACGUUGACGGCACGGGCAAGAUUAGUCUCCGAAACCUAAGAAAGAUUUCGCGAGAUUUGGGUGAGAACUUGAGCGACGAAGAGCUACAGGCUAUGAUUGACGAGUUUGAUCUAGAUGAAGAUGGAGAAAGUAUGUAUCUGGAAAACAAAAGACUGCCCCGCCCCCCCUGUUUUUCAAUGGUUGGAGAGAAACUGUUCAUUUACUAACACUAUUACUCUAGUCAAUGAGGAAGAGUUUAUCAGAAUCUGUACAGAGUAG